UCCAACCCUUCCUAAUGCAACGACUUCAGCCACCAGCAUCUACCUAACCGGCUAGACCCAAAAAACCCUUGGCCAAUCUUUUACCCACCCACCAAAGACCCAACCGCCUGACCGGACCUUCUCUCUCUUUCUCUCUCUCUCUGACGUUCCUUCUACGCCUAAAUUUCUAGAAAUUUAGGGCAUUUUCACCAUCAAAAUGGAACCGUCCCCUCCUUCUCCACCACCAUCAGCCAUCGCUCGACGCCCUAAAAAGCACGACGAAAUGGAAAUUCACGCUUCGGUAACCGAAGAUCCUACAUCUUCAGCACUUUGGGAUUGGGGAGAUCUCCUAGACUUCACCGUAGAUGAUCAAUUCCCAAUCUCUUUUGAUUCUAUCGACACUACUGUUUCUUCGGAAGUCUAUGACAAUAACAAUGAGACCAAUAAUCAUAAUCCUGUUAUUGAGUCAACAACAAGGGCAGUUGUUCAGGAUCGGGUCAGGAAACGUGACCCGAGGUUAACCUGCUCUAAUUUUUUAGCAGGUCGGGUCCCCUGUGCAUGUCCGGAGUUGGAUGAGAAGUUACUAGAAGAAGAAGAGAGCUUACCUGGAAAAAAGCGUGUCCGUACGACAAGGUCAAGUUCGGGUAUCACACGGUGUCAAGUACCCGGUUGUGAAGUUGAUAUAAGUGAACUAAAGGGUUAUCAUAAAAGACAUAGGGUUUGUUUGCGUUGUGCUACGGCUGGUUCUGUUUUACUUGAUGGUCAUAGGAAAAGAUACUGUCAACAGUGUGGCAAGUUUCACUUGUUGCCGGAUUUUGAUGAAGGUAAAAGGAGCUGUAGAAGGAAAUUAGAGCGACAUAAUGAUAGAAGGAGACGGAAGCCACAUGAUUCUAAAGGUACUGCAGUUGAUAAGGAAAUUCAAGGGGAACUGCAAAGUGAAGAAACUGCCUGUGAGGCUGAAGCUGGAAAAGAUGGUCAGAUAAUUGAGAAGGAAGCAGCAGUUGUUGAAUCUGAAGAUGGGAAUGUAUCUGCUCUUCAUUCGGAUCCAAAUUCACAAAAUCUUAAUAGUGAUAGUGGUUUAUCUGUUGGAACACCAAAGCGUGGUGGAAAAGAUGAUACCAAAUUUUCAUUUUCCCCUUCCAAUUGCGAUAAUAAGAGUUCUUAUUCAUCUCUGUGCCCAACGGGUCGGAUCUCAUUCAAGCUUUAUGAUUGGAAUCCUGCAGAAUUCCCUAGAAGGCUUCGACAUCAAAUAUUUGAAUGGUUAGCCAGCAUGCCAGUUGAGUUGGAGGGAUAUAUUCGCCCUGGCUGUACAAUUUUGACUGCAUUUCUUGCAAUGCCAACAUUUAUGUGGGCAAAGUUAUUUGAAGAUCCCAUGUCAUACGUGCAUGAUUUGGUUAUUAUUCCUGGAAAGAUGCUGUCCAAGAGGGGUCCUAUGCUUAUUUAUCUGAACAACAUGAUCUUCCAUGUUAUGAAAGAUGGAAAUUCAGUGAUGAAAGUGAACAUUGAAGGGCGGGCCCCAAGACUUCACUAUGUUCAUCCAACAUGCUUCGAAGCUGGGAAGCCCAUAGAGUUUGUUGCUUGCGGAAGUAAUCUGCUGCAGCCCAAGUUUAGGCUUUUGGUAUCAUUUUCUGGGAAAUAUCUUGCAUAUGAUUAUUGUGUAGCAUUACCGCAUGGUCAUACUGAAGGAUGUUCUGGCCUUGACCAUCAAUUAUGCAAGAUAUUUAUUCCUCAUAUUGAACCUAAUGUCUUUGGUCCUGCAUUUAUUGAGGUUGAAAAUGAGAGUGGCGUAUCAAAUUUCAUUCCUGUACUCAUUGGAGACAGAGAAAUUUGUUCUGAAAUGAAAAUAAUUCAGCAGAGAUUUGAUGCAUCUCAUCUCCCAAAGGGUUCACAGUGUGAGGUUUCUGCACAAAGGCAAAUGGCAUUUUCAGAACUUCUUGUGGAUAUAGCAUGGUUACUAAAGAAGCCUUCAUCAGAAAGUUCUCAACGAAUUAUGAGCUCUUCACAGAUUCAAAGACUCAAUUCUUUGUUGAAUUUCUUGCUACUCCAUGAGGCAACUGCCAUUUUGGAUAAAGCUUUGAAAAAUCUGAAAAUUAUAUUAAUGGAGACAGAAAGGGAGGUUUCUGGCAGUAGUGAUGCUGAUAUGAAGCUAUUGCAGAAACAUGUGGAUUGGGCCUGGAAUAUUCUUUAUCAAAAGGUUAAGAAAAGGGAUGGAUUACUCCUCCAGUGGGAAUGUACUAUACAGGGAAGGAGUUCUGGAAAAUGUUCUGAUGGUGACGGGCCAUCAGUUGCCCCAUUCACCAGUGAGGAUUUGGAAAAGAGCUCAACUGGCAAGCUAGGAUUGAUUGCUAACACAUCUGAUUUUGUUAGAAGUGACAAGGUUCCACUUUUGAAUAAAGAGGUUGUUAUGAACGUGAACCUCGUCAAGGAUAGGCCAAACCAAUCAUGUAGUCUCAUUUUCUCUAAGAGAGUCUUGAGAUCUCGUCCCACAGUAUUUUUAAUUGCUACAGUUGCUGUUUGUUUUGGAGUAUGUGCCAUCAUUCUCCACCCUAACCAGGUUAGCAGAUUUGCAGUAUCUGUACGCAGAUGUUUGACGGACCGAUUUUAGAUGGUAAAAUAAUCCUCCACAUUAAAGUGUCUCCUGUAGAUUGUUUGGCCUGUACAUCCCCCUGUACCCUAUAUAUUAGAUCUAAUCAAGCUGCCCCAAACUUUAGCCUGGGGGCUUGAUUUUUGACUUCUCCAGUGCUAGUAUACUGGUUCUUCUUCGUACUGCCUUGGUCGGAGUGUCUUCAAUGUUUGCACUUGUGGAUGCAUCAAGGCAACUAAUGGGAUUUCCAAGUGGUGAGAUAAAUAUUAGUUUCGUUUUUUCUUUUUCCCCUUUAGUGCGAGAUCAGAAUUUUUUGUCUAUAUCUUCUUCCAAUCUUUGACCUAAAGCUCGUGUAUCAUCUGUUUUUGUUGUGUAUUUAAGAGGGAAAAAAUUAAGGAGGUUUUCAUGUGCUGAUAUUUGGGUGCUUGCUACCAAAUAUUUGUGUAUUUAAGAGGGAAAAAAAUUGAGGAGGUUUUCAUGUGCUGAUAUUUGGGUGCUUGCUACCAAGUAUUUGUGUAUUUAAGAGCCGUCUGUCUAAUUUUUGCAUCCCACUUGUUCAAGUUGAUGCUAGAUUGGGGCUACAUGUUCAGAAGUCGUAUGUACAUGCACUUAUCAAUUCAACAUGUAAGAAUGGUAUUGUCAUUCGCCAUGAUAAGCUUUACGUCCAAAGCCUUGCUGGCAUUUUUGUC